AUGGAGUCUGGAGAGGAUUUCGCUGGCAGCUUUUAUAGCAAUCUCAGAUCGAUCGUCACUUUGACUGAUAAUCUUAGAGAUGCAGGUUUGCAAAAGUAUAUUCGUCUCCCUCGUAUUGUUACACUUGGUAUUCAGAGCAGUGGUAAAAGCUCAGUUCUAGAAUCAAUUGUGGGUUUAAAUUUCUUGCCGAGAAGUGAAGGGAUCUGCACGAGGUGUCCGCUUGAACUGAGACUGGUGCAUACUGAAAAUGAAACAAAACCUUGGGCUGAGUUCGAAGGAGUCCAAGAAAAGUUCACUGAUUUUGGCAAAGUUAAAGAAAUGAUAUUAGCACAGACUGAUAAGAAAGCGGGGAGGAAUAAAGGGAUUGUGGAUGAUCCCAUUAUAUUGACGAUUCAUUCAAGCACUUGUCCUGAUUUAACGCUCAUUGAUUUGCCAGGGAUAACAAGAAUUCCGCUAGCUGGGAGUGACCAUCCUGCAGAUAUUGAAAGAAUCACGAAAGAGAUGUGCUUCAGGUAUAUUUCUGACCCAAGGACUAUCAUUUUAUGUUUGUGCCCUGCAAAUACUGAUUUAAGCACUUCAGAGUCUUUACUGAUGGCAAAGAAGGUGGAUAAGGCUGGUAUCAGGACUAUUGGUGUGAUAACAAAAAUUGAUAUUAUGGACAGAGGGACAAAUGCCAAAAAAAUUCUUCUAGGCGAGGAAAUUCCAUUAAGACUUGGCUAUGUUGGUGUGAAAAAUAGAUCGCAAGAAGACAUUAAUAAUGAGGUUAAAGUAGAAAACGCCUUGCAAGAAGAGAAGCAAUAUUUCGCUUCCCAUCCUGUAUAUUCAACAAUGCCGCAAGGUGUUUUGGGGACUGAAGUUCUUACCCAAAAACUAACUCAUGUGAUGUUUAACCACAUUAAAGGAUUCUUACCAGAAAUAAUGAGAGAAACUAUGUUUAGGAUCAAGGAGUGUGACGACAAACUAAAAGAACUCGGCCCAAGUACCCCUGAAGAGCCAAGAUAUAAAGUUCAGCUUCUUUGGAAUAUGGUUACCGAUUUUUGCGAAAUUUUCAAAAACACCAUUAGAGGAAAAUAUGAUAGAAAAUUAUCAUCACGAAUUACUAAAGAUUUAGCUGGAGGUGCCACAAUUAAAAGUUACUUUAAUUCUUUACUUUCAGAAUUCUCAUCAAAUACUUAUAAAGUGACUGAAUCAUAUACAAACGAAGAUAUUCAGCAUGCAAUGGCUUCUCAUGAAGGAGACACUAUUCCUGGCUUUCCUUCGGUUGACGUGUUCAUUUUCUUACUUCAGCCUCAGCUUGAAAAAUUAAGAGAGCCAGUUCUUGACUGCUUAAUGAAUGUCCAUUCUUACCUUGAUCAGUUAGCUUCUAAGCUGAUAGAAAGAAUUUUCUACAGAUUUCCAGCUUUAUCUACAGAAAUUGCAGAACUCGCCUCUCAUGUUUUAGUAAAAGAGAGAGAAGAAUGCAGAGAAAUCGUAGAAAAAAUGAUCGAUUCUGAAGAAACUUAUGUGUUUACUAAUGAUCUUGAUUACUUAACAUCUAGAACUGAUAUUGUCCCAAAGUCUGAUGGAAGACCAAAAAGUUCAGAAGUAAUGUUUGUAGAUGAAAUAAGGAACAGAAUUGACUGCUAUUUUAGACUUGUGAUUAGAACUGUAAGAGAUAGUGUUCCUAAAGCAAUUGGAACCUUUUUAGUCUCCUCUUUAAAUUGAAACCAAAAAAUCUGCACAAAUUAAAGCAUUAUUUUUUUAUAUAAAUUUUUAUGGUACAAAAAUAUUAAAUUGUUUAUUAAAAUUUAUAUAUUAAACAUUUUUAUUGAUUCAGGUAAAAAUUUUAUGUGUAUAGUAUUCCAAUUACACUCCUUCCUUUAAUAUAGGCUUAUUUCAGAUUUUGGAGCGCAUUCGCCACAUUAAAUUUGGUGCCAAAGCUACUUACACUUAAAUUAUUAUUUUAACUAUAAAAAUUAUAUAUUUAUAAAGGGGGUUGCUUUAUCGAAAAAGCAAAAUUUAUCAAUAUAUUGUUCAAAUUUAAUGGGUAGUUAGUAAGAUCGGUGAUGGACAAAAUGCAGAUGGAAUUAUAUGAAAGAAUUAAUAUGACUGAAACAAUUUUGGCAAAAGUAAGUGAACCUCCUCAUAUAACUGCUGAAAGAAAUAUGCUUAAAGGCCAGUUAGAAACUCUUAGAAAGGCAGAAAAAAUUAUGAAGCAUGAUCCUGCGCUAGCGAUGCAAGCUGAGUCGGUAGAAGACGAAAUCAGAAAGCAAGAAGAAGAAUUAAAGGCUGCUGCAGAAGAAAAGAAGAAAAGGGAUGAAGAAAAAAAGAAAAGAGAAGAAGAUAAGGAAAGAGAUAAGGCAAGAAAAGAAGAAUUAGAUAACCAAGAAAGAAACAGAAAAGCAACCGAAACUUCUCAAAUAAUUGAAGACGUAAAACAGCCAGAACCUCCAAGGGUUGAACCGAAGCAAGCUACUAGCAACUCACUAUUUGGCGAUAUAAAGAAGGCAAAAAGAACAGAAAAAUCGCUAUUUUAA